AGGUGGAAUCAUGUCUGCAGGAAACGCUCGCAUCGGGAAGCCGGCCCCAGAGUUUGAGGCGACUGCAGUGGUCAAUGGAGAAUUUAAACAAGUCAAGCUGUCAGACUACAGAGGUAAAUAUGUUGUGCUGUUCUUCUACCCCCUGGACUUCACCUUCGUCUGUCCCACGGAGAUCAUCGCUUUCAGUGAACAUGCAGAGGAUUUCCGCAAGAUUGGCUGUGAGGUCCUCGGGGCUUCUGUAGACUCCCACUUCAGCCACCUCGCAUGGACCAAUGUUCCUCGCAAGGAUGGUGGUCUGGGAUCCAUGAACAUUCCUCUAUUGUCUGAUCUAAAGCAAUCCAUUUCCAGGGACUAUGGAGUUUUGAAGGAGGAAGAUGGUGUUUCAUUCAGGGGUUUGUUCAUCAUUGACGACAAAGGAAUCCUCCGCCAAAUUACCAUCAAUGACCUCCCUGUGGGCCGCUCUGUAGAUGAAGUCCUCCGCCUGGUGCAGGCCUUCCAGUUUACUGACAAGCAUGGAGAGGUUUGCCCUGCAGGAUGGAGGCCUGGAAGCAGCACCAUCAAGCCCAAUGUGAAGGAGAGUAAAGAGUACUUCUCUGCAAACAACUGAGCUGACUUCCCUCCCUAAGAUAUGACCGUCUGACAGGAGGACCCCUGAUCUGCACUGAUUUGUCUUCAUGCUGACACUCCAUCCCUCCAUAUUCUGGAGGCGAAAGCACUUAGUUCUUCCAUCGUAAAUAAAAUGUUGUUAGAA